UCAAUAAUUUGAUAUUAUUCGAUUUUAUAUUAGAAUUUAAUUUUAAAAUUACGUGAAAAUUAAUAUAAAUACUCGAGAUCGACCCAAUUCAAAUCUCUUCCCUCAACUCAUCCAUAAUUAAAAAAGAAAAUCAAAUUUCUAUUUAAAAAAUAUUAAAAAAUUAAUAAAUCUUUACAUCCAUCUUCUUCCUUCAUGCAUCUAAACAAUCCAAACAAAACACCAUGACAAUGACAAAAAAUAUCCCAAAACUACCCUUCAUCCUUCUCUCUCUUCUAACCCUCCUUUCUCUUUCAUACCUUUUCCCAUUUUCCCUCUCCUCCACCCGAAAAUCCGAUCUCAUAAUCCGACCCGGAUACACCUCUUACGAAACCUACCUCAACCGUCAACUCAAAAAAACCCAAAACCCUAAACUCCGACAAAUAUGGAUCACCCGAGAUUGGGAUCGCAAGAUCCGGGUUUUCUCUCACUUCUUUCUUUCUCUUCAAAAAGCUCACCUUCUGUUAAACACCUCGAAAGCGCUCUGUGUUGGAGCCCGAGUUGGUCAAGAAGUGGCCGCGUUGAAGCGAGUUGGUGUGAAUGACUCAGUAGGAAUCGACUUGGUACCUUAUCCACCGUUGGUUAUUCAUGGAGAUUUCCAUUCUCAGCCGUUCGAUGAUGAGAGUUUUGACUUUGAGUUUUCUAAUGUAUUCGAUCACGCGCUUUUUCCGGAGAAGUUCGUCGGAGAGAUCGAACGGACGUUAAAGCCUGGUGGAGUAUGUGUAUUACACGUGUCGAUAUCUAAACAAACGGAUAAGUAUUCUGCUAAUGAUUUGUUUAGUGUUAAGCCGGUGAUUAAAUUGUUUAAGAAAUCAAAGGUUGUUCAUGUGAAAAAUAUUGAUGGGUUUGGCCUUGAUACUGAAAUUGCUUUUAGGAAAAAUAUUAAUUAAUUCUUGAUUUUUGUUUUCUUGUAUUUUUUUUUUAAAGAAUUAGGCCAAAGGAAUUAUUGUUGAUUUUUUAUAAAUAUAAAUCUAAAUAUUUUUAUUUUUGAGGGGUUAAUGGUAUUGUAAUUUGGUGUGAAUUGUGUUGGAUGAAAUUGUUAUUGAUUAUUGACUAAAUGAUUCACGCAUUUAACUUUUGGAACAAAAACUUUCAUGAUAUUUUUAUAAUGUUUAU